UCAAGUAGCGAAAUUCUGUUUGUGUGCGUGGCUGGGUACAUCGCUGCAAAAUAUGGAAUAAUAACUUCAAGUGCACAGAAGGGAAUUACAUCACUAAUAAUAAACAUUUUGAUGCCCUGUCUUUUGUUCUCAGAAGUAGGAUCGGACAUAGAUAUAUCCAAGUUGAUAUCACUUUGGCCUGUACCAACUUUCUUCGGAAUAUUUGCGAUAAUCAGUGCAUUACUUGGAUUUUUUGUCGGAAAAUUUCUAAAUUUGUCGUCGGCAAAGACAAAAUUUAUUAUGACAGGAAUUAUGUUUAAUAAUGUGACUUCGCUUCCAUUGGGCCUAUUAAGAGGCAUAGAAAAUACUAGUGCGAUGGAGUUAUUAGUUAAAGAUGAAGUAGACACACCGGGAGAGUCGAUAAAACGCGGAAAAUCUUACAUACUACUAGCCGUCUUAUUUGGGACUUUGUUAAGAUGGAGUUUUGGUGCCUUUCUGCUCAAAAAAGAAAGUACAAACGAUGAAGAAGAUCCGUUAAUCACCCCAUCGAAAGCUUUACCUCCCAUUCAUUAUGUUCGAUCAUCCUCAUACGCUGCAACGACAUCCUCUCAACCAGACGAAAGCACUCAACUAUUGAGAUCAACAAAGAGAACAUUAUGGACGGAGACGAAACGAUUAUUGAACAAGUAUAUUAAGAUAUUUAGGAGUGUCAUGAAUCCUCCAUUAUACGCUGCUGUGAUUUCAUUGAUUGUUGGCACAGUACCACCGCUCAAGAACGUAUUUUUUGGUCAUGACGCCGCCUUUUCUGUUCUGUCUCAGGCCACAGAAUACAUUGGCACCAUAACGAUACCACUGACUUUAAUCUCACUUGGAGCGCAGUUAAAAAAUAUGCAAUGUUCUAAAGGAAAUCAAAUAUUAUCAACGAUUGGUUAUAUAAUGGCUUGUCGUUUUUUCAUAAUGCCGAUAAUUGGAGUGGUGUUGGUGUUAGUCACUAAGUCCUGGUAUAUGCAGGAUCCGAUGCUUUGGUUUGUCUUAAUGUUGUUCGCUAGUGGACCGACGGCCAUAGGUUGUAUAAACUUGGCGCAGUUAAAUGAAUCCUUCGAAGAAGAGAUGGCGGCAUUAUUAUUUUACUCUUAUGUGGCCGUCCCGCCACUUCUCACCCUUAUAGUGAUGAGUAUGCUGACAGUUAUUGGAAGUGUCAAUUCAUUUAUAGGUUAA